AUGCAGUUCCUCGUUUUUCUCUCCGGCGUCUUUGGCUGGAUCUAUACCAUAUGUUGGUCUGCGUCCUUCUACAGCCAGCCGCUUCUUAGCUGGCGCAGGAAGUCGACAUCGGGAACAACUGUGGACUUUCCGCUGAUCAACACCUUCGGCUUCUGCGCAUAUUUCACUUCCAACGCUGCUUUCUACUGGUCACCCUUGAUCCGCCAUCAAUAUGCGCUUCGCAACGGCGAGGGCCAUGCGCCGACCGUUGCAUUCAACGACAUCGUCUUCGCCCUACACGCCGUAAUCGUCUGUGCCAUUACGACGUCACAAUAUCUGCUACCCUCCCACUGGGGCUUCACACAUGCGCCCGGCACCAAGCCCUCACGCCUGAUCCUCGGCGUAAUGACCGGCUCCCUCGUCGCCAUCGCUAUCGUCAUCUUCAUCGUCGCAGGCCGAGAUCCCUCUGCAGAUGCGGCACACGCUUGGGCAUGGCUCGAUGCUGUAUAUAUGAUCUCCUACGUCAAGUUGUUCGUCACCCUGAUCAAGUACGCCCCACAGUUGUGGUACAAUGCGAAAAACAAGAGCACAAAAGGCUGGAGCAUUUGGCAGAUCCUGCUGGACUUUGCCGGCGGCAUUCUGAGUAUUGCCCAGCUGGGCAUCGACUCGUACCUCCAAGGAGAUUGGAGUGGUAUUACAGGUAACCCUGUGAAGUUCGCCCUCGGCAACAUAUCCAUGCUGUAUGAUCUCUGCUUCAUGACCCAGCACUUUAUCUUGUAUAGAGGCAACGAUGGAUCCAAGGGCGAGCGGGAGGCAUUGCUUGAAAGGGGUGAGGAGGACAGGAGGUUGGAUUGA